AUGUCUUCCCCGCUUAAGCAGCGGUCGAAGGCCCAACGGAGUGAUGGAGAUGUGGACAGCCCGCUGACCCCACUAACUGUGGAAGGUACGAUAAUUUCUGUGCGAAAGCACAACGGGCUUGAUCCUCCAGACCUGGCCGGGUGCAACGUGAAGCUGAAGGUAGUAAAGCGGGGCGAUAGGGGCACCAAAGAAGCUGUCCAGGCACUUCCCUGCAUACCAGAUCACGUAACACCACCAAGUUAUCAAGCUUCUCGCGAAAUACAAGAAGCUUUUCAAGCUCCAUCCGUGCCAAUUGUCAGUCUUACAAAAGAUGAAGACGGAGACUUGCAGCAGGGGCAACAAGAGGAAACCGACCUAGCGGAGUGCAUGAACGACAUUGAGAAGGGCUUUCACAAGCCACCGUCCAUAGUGCAUACAGAUUCUAUGUCUGUGGAUGAGGAUGUGGACAGGCUUGCGUUGCGCACACCAACGAACCCAGAUUGGGCAAACGCAAUGAUCAAGGUUUUGGAAAGCUUGAACGAGCACCAAAAGUUCAAAAAAACAGCCCUGCGAGCACGGCGCCGUUACCGUUCUCAUUGGUGGCUGGCUUUCCGGCUAGCUUUCUGGAUGUUGGUGAUUGGUGGACCUGUCAUUUUGUAUCCUGUCGCCGAGUUUUUCAACAGCUGGGGCACCAGGAGUAGCAAAUACAUGGCCAGCUAUAACAUGGCGAUGCAAAACUUUUGCUUUCUGCUUGGCCCUUCUCUUGGUGCCUCAGUGCGCUACUCAGUCGAGGGCGUCAUUGGCACUGGCCUUGCAUUGGGAAACGUGCUCUUGAUCAACCGCGCAUUUGGCACCUACCUGAAUGGCGGCGCUUAUGCCACACGCGAGGAGGUCAUCGACGUUUCAAUGGGCAACGUCAUCUAUGCCUCCGACUGGCUGCCUUUGUGCAACUUGGGCAACGGAGAACGCUUUGUGGAGACCAACAGCACAGCGGAGUUUUUGCGGGAAUGUUUCUUCAAUGUCCACUGGACAGCUGUCACGGAGGGCUCCGUGAGGUCCUUGAUUAUUUUGGUGGACCUGGCGCUCUUCACCGGCAUCUUUCUUUAUAUUGGCUUCGGCACGUGUGUGCGUGUCUACGCACUUAUCUAUGUGCUCUACUGGGCAAUGGCCUUUGUGGAUCCAAAUUCUCCGGCCUUCAGUAACGAUCCAAGCGAUCCGUGGACUCAGUCCAUUAUGACAUGUGUUGGCGCGUUCAUCGCGAUUGUCAGCCAGAUCUUGCCUUGCCCCAACGAAGCCCUUGUGAAGGCUACAGAGCUUACUACUGAGCUUGCCGAGACAGUCAGCGCGGUGAUCGAGGGGCUACCCUUUGCAACGAAAGAUGAAGUAAGCCUCGCCAUCGAGUCUUCCAUCGAUGGGACCAGGCUCUGGCUGUCUGAUAUAGAGGGCCAUUUAUCCCAUGCCUGGUUCGAGGACUUUGGCAUCUUGGUUUCACGCAGCCGGCGACGGAGGAAGCUCGAGGCGUACACGGAACUCCUGGCCGCCCUCUUGCAGCACGCCUCGAUGGCCAACCGCCUUUCCAGGAAGCUGUCGCCAUCUUCUGGGACGCGGCUCGAGGACGUUUUACCUUCGAUCCAGGAUAUCUGUUACGCGGCCGCAAAGGCCAUACCGAACCCGCGAAAUCCCGUGGACAAAGCUGCCAUCGAGGACUUCGAAGAGGCCAUGCAAGCCUUGGAGACCGAGUUUCCGAAGGUGGCUGCGAAGAACGAAAUGAGCGGCGAAAGCUUGAGCUUUGCUUUGGCAUUGUGCACCAUUGCAUCAGGAACGAUCUCUCGUCUUAAAGUGCUGGAGACGAUGUCGUUCAGAACAAGCUGGAAUCCACUGAGGUUCUUGUCGGAGCUUUGUGUCAGAAUAGAGCUCCCUCAGACUCGGAACUACCCAUCGCAUCGGCGAUUCGUGCUUCGUAGCACGCUCGCGAUGGUAUUGGCAUUCUUGUUUGGCUGGGUUGGACUGGAGCGCAUGCUGAAUGCAUAUACCUCUGGAGCCGCAGCUACUGUCGCCACCGUUGUUUCCACUACAACAGGAGCAGGGUUCUCCCUUGGCUUGAUCACACGGCGUCUGAAUUCAGUGAUCGUUGGCACCGUGUUAGGCCACUCUCUGGGCCAAGUCCUUGCAGUGAAGUCGGAGUUUCACGCAUCGUUGUUCGCCGUGUGGCUUUGGCUUUUCGCCUUUGUGCUGACUUUCCAAAUCCUUCAUUCGAAAGCCAACGCUGGAGUUGCACUUCCUGUUCUGGCGAUUGGAGUUUAUGCCUUGGUGCCUCCGAGUGGCGUCUUCCGAGAGUACAACUCUUCAAUUGACGUUGGGGCAGAACUUUCUUUGGCCACGAGUGUGAAGGCAGCAGUUCUGGGAGGAGCGAUUAUGUUGGUGUUGGAUCUGGUACUGUUCUCAAGCGCACGAAGCCUUUCGCAGUACCAGCUGCAGCACACUCUAAAAAAGUCGAUGGGAUUGCUUUCCAGGGUAAUGGGCUUGAACAGUGGGAAGAAGGACAAAGCAGAACCGUCCAAUGUAGAUGGAUCUUCCAAUGAGGAGGCCCUGGUUCUCAGACAUCUGGAUGAUUUGAAGAGACUCCUCCCGAGUGCAGCAGAGGAGCCAGCACCCAAAGGAAUUGAAUUCCCUCUCGAGCUGUUCUCGACACUCGAGAGCUCUUUCCGUACUAUCGUGUCGGAGCUGGGUACUCUGGAAUGGCUUUUCGCAAUGAUUGCCGAGUCCUCAGAGACUGCAUCGUCCCUCCUUGCAGACAGAAAGGACUUCGAGUCGCUGUUGUUGGAAAUGGAGAACUUCUUCACAUCAGAGCUCACCAGCAUACAGGUUAUGCUGAAGGAUCUUUAUAGCCGGAAGCUGCAAUCCGCGAGCUCCAACACAUCUGGUGAUGCCGCAGAUCUUCGACAGGAGAUCCUUGAGAGAGGAUCUGAUGCCCUGAGAUCCGCGGCUUCUCCGCACGGGAAUGUCGCGCACCAUGCCAGCACUCGAAGGUUGUCCGGUCUCUUGGCAGCAGUGGGAUCCCGGAAGCAGACCUUCCUUCAAUUGGUCGAUAAGAUGCGCUCGGCUGCGACCACGAGCCGCGGAACCACUCCGCUCUCGGAUAUGCUAUCGCAAGUUGAGCUCCUCCUGAGUGCACUGCACACUUGCAGCAGCGCGGUGUCCACCAUACAGACGGUUUUGGCCCAGUACGGCUGA